CCGAGUUGAAAAUGGAGUUCGAUUAAAGCAGAUGUCCAGCAACUUCUCAAGGAAACCUCGAGACUCGGGUGUUUUGCGUCUCUACUCCGCAAACCUGUAGCAAUUACUGAAACGAGUCGGACCUUUUUUCUUUUUUUUUUUCUUCUUCUCCCCCCGGAGGGCUUUCGGAUGCCUUUGCUGCAAAACCCCUCGGACACGUUGACGGAGCAACGCUGCCCGCACGGCGCUUUCCCGAGCGUUGUCCCGGACCCGAAGUCGGCGAAUGGAUGCUCGACAGCCCGGCCGUAAAUAACCUGCCAAACCGCCGCAGCCGACAACGGUGUUCCACGUUUUUUUUUUCUCUCUCCCUCCCUCCCUCUCUCUCUCUAUCUCUCUCUCUUUCUCUUUUCUCCCCCCCGCGCGAGGAUCUAUGCGCGUUUUUGCAAAGCGGGGAUCCGUGUGCGCCGAAGAGGACGAUGCCGAUGGCCCAUUUGCUGUGGUCGGAUUUUACUUCCAGGGAGGAUAAGAUGAAUCAACGGUUGUCAUUCCUCCUCCUCGCGAUUUAACGCUCGCUCCCCGGGGCCAGCGAAGCUAACGUUAAGCUAGCUCCCUCCUGGGUGUUUCACUCGCGCACACACACACGUACACACACACACACGUACACACAGACACACACACACACACACACAGGGACGCUUCGGAGUCCGAGCAUGCCCCGCAGCACACCGCCGUCGGCUCGCUACACCGAAUAGAGGCGGUUUGCUACGUGUGACGGGAGAGAAGAUGGUGAUAUCCGUGGCAUUUUAUCCCGCCGCCGUCGCCGCCGCCGCGUCGCCGAUGCUAUUGCUAGGAUCUGGAUCCCCGUGAGGAAAAAAAUGAGUGAAGAUUCAACAAAUCCAAACAACGAUGACAGUUAUGCGCGUGUGAGAGCAGUGGUCAUGACUCGGGAUGACUCCAGCGGUGGGUGGCUUCCCCUGGGGGGUGGAGGCCUUAGCUGUGUCACUGUCUAUAAGGUCAGCCGGGCGGAGGACAGCAGCAGCACCCACAGUGGAGGCAGCGGAGGAAGCAGCAGCAACCUCAGCCCCUGUAGCCCCAGUCCCAGUCCCAGCCCUAGUCCCAGCCCUAGUCCCAGCCCCACUGCGGUGGAGUUCCACAUCAAGGGCGAGAGGCUCAAAGACAAAUUGGUGGUCCUGGAGUGUGUCCUACAGAAAGGCCUUGUGUACAACAAAGUCAACCCCAUCUUCCACCACUGGAGAAUCAACGACAAGAAGUUUGGACUGACCUUCCAGAGCCCUGCUGACGCCCGUGCCUUCGACCGGGGCAUACGCCGGGCGGUUGAGGACAUCAACCAAGGAUGUCGGCCGUUUGGUGAAGGGGAUAUUCCCGAGGAUGGACUACCGGUGUGUGAUGAGCCUCCCUCCAUCUGUACCCCAAUGAAAGAGCCAUUCUCUCCCCUGAACAAUGUCGUCUCCACCGAGCCAUUUAGGGGCUGCUACGUCCGCGCCCAGCCCUUCGAUGAGUUCCCCUCCAGCAACCGCCGCUACCUGCCUCCACAGGUCUCCUUCAAGUCGACUCGUCACGUCAGUUUCCACAUGGACGAAGAGGAGAUCGUUCGCAUCAACCCGCGCAAAGACGUGCUCAUUCGUGGCUAUGAGGACUACCGCCACCCUGUCAUGUGGAAACAGGAGGCUGACCGCGAGGACCUGGACUUCCCCACCGCCUUCCACAAACUGGACAGUAAGAAGUGCGAGUACCUCUUCCCCGACGGCCACGGUGGGGACUCCCACUCUGGCCCGGGUAUGGGAAUUGGAACAGGCAUGGGACUGGGUUUGGGCAAGGACACAGCCAUCAAGACUCAGCCCUCGCCCCUGCUGAAGUCGAAGAAGGGCCGACGGCGACGAGAGGACGGCGAGCGCUCGCGCUGCAUCUACUGCCGAGAGAUGUUCAACCACGAAGACAACUGGCGGGGACAGUGCCAAGAUGCCCCCGACCCGAUCAAGCAGUGCAUUUACAAAGUCAGCUGCAUGCUGUGCGCCGAGAGCAUGCUGUACCACUGCAUGUCCGACUCCGAGGGCGACUUCUCGGACCCCUGCUCAUGUGACACGUCCGACGAGCAGUUCUGCCUACGCUGGCUGGCCCUGGUGGCGCUCUCCUUCAUCGCACCCUGCAUGUGCUGCUACCUGCCCCUGCGCGCCUGCCACCACUGUGGCGAGGCCUGCCGCUGCUGCGGGGGCAAGCACAAGGCUGCGGGGUGACCCGACGGGGGGCUCUGGGACACCCUCAAAGCUAGCUAACACAGGAAGUGGAUAAAAGCGGAAAAUUAAAAAGCCGGCAUCCUUUUUUCAUUCCCCUCUCAGACGGGGUGAUAUGUUGUUGAUCCCCAGCUCUGAGGGCUUUUGGAGAUUUCAGUUUGUGUUUGUCGCAGACAAGCAGCAGUGGAGGACAAACCAUAUGCUUUGUGGGGGCUCUGAGCACCAGGCUAAGUUCAGGAGCUUAAUCUGAGGGGAGGAGGAAACGUCAAGAUUAAUAGACUUGGAGAUGUUACUAAACACACCUGUACACAUGUACACACACACUCACACACACACACACACACACACACACACACACACACACACACACACACACACACAUACUCACACAGGUGCAUCGACAGAGCCAGGCCACAAAUGUCAGAACUCUACUACAAGUAACGUGUAACUUUUAUGAAGGAAAAAUUGUCUUUUGUACAGAGAGCAGUGACAUAAUUACAAAAAAGAAAACAAAACAAUUCUGCGUUCAGAAAAAAAUAUUUGCCGUUUGAGUAUGCUAAAAGGGAUAUGUUCUUGCUUUUUUGUGAAUUUGCAGUUGGGUAACAGUGGCCUUUCCUUCAUGGCUUAAGCAUUUGCUGACAAUGUAAUUACUAGACAGAGAAACAUGCACUAGAAAUGGUAUUUCCCCCCCAUCAAGUAAAGGCAACCCACUUCAAAUUCUCGGGGUACUUUGUUCCACCACAUGUGGUGUAAUUUUAACAUUUGAGAGAUGUUGCUGUGGUGGAUGUACGGCCAAAUGAUUUUCUUGUUUUCCUUUCCAUCGAAUGUUGAAACAGAAUAAAUCAAAAGGUAAGCUCGUUUCUGAAGCUUUUCACAUUCAUAAUAAUAAGAUGUUUAAAUGGUCACCUUUCCUUCCCAGGGUGAUUCAGACCAUCUGACUGCAUUCCAAAAUAAAGGGAUCGAUUCCAUGAUUAGAAGGGAAUAAAUGGUAAUGACUUUACCAUGCUUAGUUCCCCCAAAAAUAGAUUUUCAACAUCACAAAAAAAUAUAUCAUCAGAACCUCUUGAACCAUUUAAAUUGAAACGGAUUGGUGACAAUUUCAUUUACUCCGGUGAAUCUCACUUUCGGUCCACUUGUUUACUGCUGUAGUGAAAUGGUUGUUUUGUUUCUUCAUUGUUUAUUUCCUGCUCAUUUUAUGAUUAUUUUCUUUUGAAACAAAGGCUGAAAUGUUGCUCAACCAGCAAGUUUUGUUUUGGUGUGUACAGGGGUCAUACAGUGCUCCUUGGUUAAAUGAUGAGGCACUUAAAUUAGGCUACGUUCUUUGAUUGAGAAACCCUCCGAUUUUUGAAUUAGUCUGUACAUAAAUUUUUACUAAUUUAACAUCUAAUUUGGCGUGUGGGGGGGGGUAGACCCUCCUCAAAGCACUGCUCUUCAAGCUUUGGUUGCAGCACCCUCUUCAAAUGUCCAUGUUUGUCCAUUGACCACCCCCCCCCCCCCCCUUUUUUUUGUCUUUUAUUUUCCUCCCUAUGAAGUAAAUGUAGUAUCAUGUUCUUCAGAAGUUAGUCCACUCCUUCCACAUGUCUUCAUUUAACAGGCCCUGAGUGAAUGAAUGAAUGCAUUGUUGCAGGAAUUCUGAGUAUCUUAACGAUGUGUUUAAAAAAAGAAAAAGAAAAAAAACAUACAGAUGUUAUGUUUGUGUACUGUGUGUGUGUGUGUGUGUGUGUCUGCGCGCGCCUGCGAGUGUGCGUGCGUGCGUCUGCGAGUGUGCGUGCGUGCGUGCGUAGGUCUUCAUAUGCACUGGUGAUCUGAUGUCAUGUAACGUCACCACUGACUAUGUGAUUAAGGCUUUGACUCUAAACAGCACUGACCAGCAUCAGGUUCCUCAAGACGUCCUGGUGUCUUUGUCUAACGGCUCCAACGUGAACAAAGAGAUGAUCACAGGAAUCAUUUGUCAUCUUGGGAAAAUGUACUUGCUCACCCCGUUAAGCUCGCUAAUAACCAUGCUUUAUCUGUUUUUCUUCUUCAAUACAUACAAAUGGUAAUUUAUGCUAUACCCAAUUAGCAACUUCUCAUUUUUUAAUAACUUGGUUUAUGUUAACAAACAUGAUAUAACAUGUUAUUUAGUGAGCUUCGGGGGUGUGGGUGGAAUUUUGCUAGCGCUCUGAACAGAGCCUGGCCAGCUGUUCCCCUGAUGUUCCCAGUCUUAAUGCUAAGCUAAGCUAACCGUUAAGCUUACCGCACGGAACGAGAGUGGCAUUGAUCUCCUCACUUAACUCUCGGAAAGACGGCAGAUAAGCCUCAUUUUGUUCCUUUAAGAUCCUUUGUCAAACCGAGCCGACGCUGCAAACCAAAACUGAACAUGUCUGGCUCGGAGAAAAAACCCCAUUAACUGACCCAAACUAUUGUGAACAGCAACACUGAAGUUAGAACAAACUCCCUACACAAACACCAGUUCAGUUUGGAUUAGGCGGAACUCCUCCCUCACUGAUGCCUCGGAGUGGUUGAAAUUAGCGCCGCCAACGCUAACAGACGUGCAUCUCUUUUCACCUUCCCGAUUAAAAAUAAUGUAGUGGCAGGAGAAACAUUUAUUUUCCUGAUUCCUCCCCGGGCCAAUGCUCCCUUUACUUUCUAUGCAAACUUUCUAACAUGGGAAACACAUUGACCUCUGUGCAGAUCGAGUCAGUGGCGGGACAGGACGCUAAAAAUAGCUGUAUAGGUAGACUAACAACUCCUGGUACCAAACUCCAAACACCUGUAAAUACUUAACACUAUAUUUAAGUACCGAUAAUAAUCCCAGCUCUUUUAUUUUGCUUUUGAAAUUUUAAAGAUAGAACUGUAUUUAUCGUCCGCUGUCAGCAUAUACUGUAGCUUCAAUUGACAGCAUUAUGUACAUAGGUCACAUUUUAGUAUUAUUUCACAUUGAAAGGUAGAGGGCAUCUGUGAUGGAAAAAUGACUAUUGAGCUUCAAAUAGAGUCUCUCUCUAGUUUUGUACGGUAGAAGGAAGGAUAGUGCUAACACGGUACAGUUGUGUCAGUCCACUUGUUUCAAAAGUUUGAUAUAUAUAUAUAUAUAUUUACAUAUAUAUACAUACAUACAUAUAAAGCUGCUAGAUACAAUCACUAACUUUAUUGUGUUGACAGAGAAAAUCAGCUAUGAACGACUGUUAAACCCUAAAAUCUCCAACAGCGUACAGUGGUGUCCAAAAUGUUUUAAAUGUUCGACUGCUCUGUGUGAUGAAGUGGACGUGUGUGUGUGCGCGCGUCUGUGUGGGUGUGGGUGAUGCGAGUGUUACCGCAUGUGUUCCUUGUGUGCCCACGAGUGUGUACUGUGUGAACGUGUGUGUGUGUGGGGGGGGGGGUUGGUGUGUAACCAAAUGUUUGGGUUGGUUGCCAUAUUCUCCCAUUGUAAUUGGAUUGCCCUGCAUUAUUGCGAGCUGAACCAAGGUUUGAUGAACCUGAUUAAAACUUGCUGGCUGAGAAGCAAAAAAUGUAGGAUGUGCAUUUAUACAAAGUGUAGAGAAUGCUGAAAUAACACUUCUCAUUCUGCAUUAACCAGCACAGUGCAACUUCCUGUUAUGUACUGUAUUAUAUAUGCAACAUGUGUCUGUCCGCUUUAAUAUAUAUAUUUUUUUGACCUGCAUUAUAUAAGACUUCAGUUUUAACCACUUUGCUGCUAGUCUUUUAUCCUCUUUCGAUCUUGGAAAUUGUGCAUAUCUCUGGGGAAUGCAUACGAGUGUACAUUCUUGACAUUGUGUAGAUUAAAAAAAAGAAAAAAAGCUAUAUAAACCUGUUUCUCUUCAGUGUAUUGUUUUUUUUAAACGGUUACUUUUCACAGCAGUCGAGUGGUUAUGUUUCAAUUCUCCGAGGCUUUGGUGCACUGAUGAUACUAUAUGUACGCUUUUUUUUCAUCUUACAGCGCUUGAUGUAACAUUUAUGUGAUUAGUUCUAAAUAGUGGAAAACAUUUGUGUUUUGAAACUUGCAGUAUAAAUGGUACUACUCUUAACUAUUCUGUAAACACUGCCUGUUUGCUUUCUUUUCUUUUGAUUUCACUCUUUGUGCAUUUUUUCUUUUCCUGUGCAUCUUUUUUCCCCCUUCCCCUUAGUGCCAUCGGCUUUCACAUCCUGACAACCUCAAAAAAGUGCCUCACGUCCAUCCUAGUUUCCAUCUUACAACUUAACAUCUCUCGUUCUGGUUCUAUUGGUUUCUACGCGUCUCGGUAUUUCUUAUCAUGGUUCGAGAAUACCAAGUAUAUGAUGUAAAAUUUAUAGUCCCAAUAACUCAUGUCAUAGUUGUAUUUUCUUCAUACAGAUGUAGCUCAUUACUUUUCAUAAAUAUAUAAUGUAAAUAUGCAUACAUAUGUUUGUAACUGUUUUUAUGUUACAUCAUACACUUGUAAUUUGACAUAUCAAAUAACAUUAUCAUAAUAAAAUGGUGAGUUUUAA